GAAGGUCUCUGCAUAACACUUGUACAUCAGAAAACAGCAUCUUCAUAAAACAACGUGCAGGCAGGAAGAAAGGAAGACUAAAGAAACACUAACUUUUCAAUUUUCCCAUCAAGUUCAGAGGACACAGAUUAAAGGAAUGGGAUCUGUUGGAGUUCAGAUUGUAUGUGUGGCCCUCUGCGUCUUUGGCCUGAUCGGGGUCAUCGUAUGCUGUGCUGUCCCACUCUGGAAAGUGUCCUCCUUCACGGGAUCCAACAUCGUGACUGCACAGAGCACACAGGAGGGCCUGUGGACGAGCUGUGUGGUGCAGAGUACCGGACAGCAGCAAUGCAAGAACUACGAAUCCCUGCUGGUGUUGCCCUCUGAUCUGCAGGCCGCCCGUGCCAUGACCAUCAUCAGCUGCAUGUUAUCCUGCCUCAGCCUCCUCAUCUUAUUCUGUGGGGCCGACUUCACCACCUGCAUAGAGAACGAAGAUGCCAAGCCCAAGAUCAGCUUGGUGGCCGGGGUGGGCAUGCUGCUGGCCGGCCUCCUGGUAAUCAUCGCCGUCAGCUGGUCCGCUAACAGUGUUGUGACAGACUUCAACAACCCCCUGGUGCAGGCUUCCAACAAGAAGGAGCUGGGAGCGUGUAUCUUUGUGGGCUGGGGGGCCGGCGUGCUGCUCCUUCUGGGCGGAGGUCUGAUGUGCUGCUUCAGCAGGCCCAAAUCUGGCAGCUCCGGUGGAGCCGCCAAGUACUACAGCAAUAGUUCCGCCCCCACCUCCAAUAAAAACUAUGUGUAGUGGCUUUAUGAAAGGGACUGGUGUUUGACAGAAAUUAGAGGAUAGGGGUUAAGUUGGUAAAAGACUGGGAAGCAACAAAGUAGAUGACACCAGGGGUUGUUUUAGGAAAAAUGUAAAAAAAAAAAAAAAAAAAAGUCUCUGUAAAUACUCAAUUCUGACAACUGCCUCCCAUUUUUUUCCUUUUAUAUUCAUAGUUAUGCUGGUGACAUUUUAAAUCUUAAAACUGUUUUACUCUUUGGUGCUGGGUUAUGUAUACACUAUUUUAAAGUAAAUGGAAAUCAAAUGGUAUACUUGUUGAUUACACACAUUAUGUGAUCUUAGAAUAGAAUAAGAAUAAAGACGUUUUUAUUUGGGUUGCUGCUUUGACAUAUACAGUACAAUAUUAACUAUCAUGCAUUUUCCUUAUAUUUCUGUUUGACUUUAAAAGUGUCUUUCAAAGAACCACACAAGUGUAGAGUAACAUUUAAGAUUAUGAAAGCUCCAAGCUUAAUAUUAACAUUAUUAAGUGUAGAGUUGUCCAGCCUUUCGUAGACACCACUAUUGCCUCAUAUUUACAAUUAGUUUAGAUCCACUAUGGUCUAUAUUGUAGGUUUUAUCUCUUAUCACCUCAGGGAGCAUCUGUUUGAACUUGUUCCAUUGAGGAUACGUUCUUAAACAUCCACAUGACAUUUCAUUUUAUAUAACAUUUUCUCGUUUUGUUUCUCAUGAUGUAUGAUGAGUAUACAUAAUUAAAAUUGUAAUGUAAUUCAAA